CAGCAAUUUAUUUUACUACGGAUUCACAACCAGCACAAGCGCACAGUAGCGCGUUGCUUCUAUCGCAGCAUCAGAAGCCGUACGUGCCCGAGUAGGCGAGCUUGAGCCCGUCGAGAAACGUGAUUCCUCUCACCGCCGGCCUCCCCGUCGCCCCUCUCGCACUGCUGGUACCCCCGGCGCCUUCUCUUCUCUCCGUCGCAGCAGACGCCCUCGAAGCGUCGUAAACCCGCUCCUCCCCGUUUCGGCUCCACAGUAGCCUCGGCAAUCGCCGCGUAGUGGUCUUGCUCGUACCGUCGCGACCGCCGACGAUGAGCCGUCGCUUCGAUUCGCGCGAUGCGUCUGGUGUAGUUGUGAUCGCACCGUUUGCGAGAUUCGCGACAUUCGUGACGUUCGCUGCCAUGCCGGGCUGGGAGAGCACGCGGGGAGUGUCAGUCAGAGAGGCGGUCUGAGCGGCGGCGAUGAAUUGGAGAACCAUUUCCACUGUUCGGGUUAUUCACGCAAUGCGUCAGCGAAGGUUCGCACUUUACUUCGCGAGAGCCGAACGAUGGUGGCUUAGAAGCCCGCUCGUCUUGAUGGCGAAAGAGCUCGCUCCCUCCUAAACCAGUACCGAAGAGGAGCUGGAGUUGGUUUUGGGUCCGAGACUAGUCUCUUUGUUCUGAAACGAGACCAAGAGGAAUGAAAAUGAGAGGAAUACCUGACAGGCGAGUCGCUACAUUCCCUUUCCGUGAUUUAUCUCGAACGGAACACCAGAGGCGGAUGAGUGAGCGGCGACAGCAGGAACCGGCUCUGGAGGUGCAGAUUCCUCGGCUCCUCCAUGCCUCAUGUCAACCCCACAUUGCGCUAUCUUCCCAACAAAUGGGCAAACCGCCAACACUUUCGUCCAAGUCUCUCCGCAAACAGCCGACUGCCCAUCCCUGCGAAGCUGAGGUUGGGACGGCUGGGUGUGUCGAGUCAAUACUUCUGUCAGCACCCUGCCAUGGCUCAUUUCUAUAUUGAGGACAUACGGGCUGCAUGAAGCGUUUCUUGAAGAAUGUUUCAAUUUUUUGCGUGGAUCCAUACAAAUUGAUUCUAAUGUGUUCAAGGCGGCGAUCCAAAGGGCCUGGUUCUUCUUACAUCUGAAAGGUUGCAAAUCGAAUUAGAAAUACAGAGAAAGUGCAUGCUGAUCUUCCACUGACACCUAUGGAAUGGAUGGUAU